AUGCGUGUGUUUGUNCGGCUCCUCGAGGAGAUCAGCGGCCAGAAGUUCCCGGCGAUCCUGGAGGCGGCGACCCGAGGCCAGGCCAUCUCCGACAGGGCCCGCCCGAGCCGACGCCAGAUUGUGAUAUCGACGACGUGGCGCUCCGGCUCGACUUUCCUGGAGGAGCUGCUGUCGUCCCACCCCGCCGUCUACAACCACUACGAGCCCCUCAUGCAGUUCGGCCUCAAGCAGAUCCGCGAAGGGCAGGACUCGGUCAAGGCGCAGAAUCUGCUCCACGACCUUCUUGCCUGCAGGUACAAGGCGAAGUCGGAGUACAUGAACACGGCGCUGAGCAUCAAGGAGAUGUUCACGCGCAACGUGCUGGUGUGGCAGACGUGCAGCAACCAGCAGAUCGGCGACUCGCUCUGCUACAACGACGCCUUCCUGAAGGGCGCGUGCCAGCUCUUCCCUUGGUCCACCAUGAAGAUCGUGAGGCUGCGGCUGAAGCUCCUGCGGCCGAUCCUGGAGGACUCGAAGCUGAACGCGCGGAUCGUGUACCUGGUGCGGGACCCGCGCGGCGUCAUGAACUCCCGCUUCGACACCGUCAAGUGGUGCCACUCGUCCGACUGCAACGACCCCGCGUACCUCUGCAGCGACAUGGACGACGACCUCACGGCGGCCCUGGAGCUGAGGAAGGACUUCCCGGGGCUCGUUUACAUCCUCCGCUACGAGGACAUGUCCCUGAGUCCGGUCAACAAGACCAAGGAGCUCCUGGAGUUCCUGGGGCUGGACUUCGACCCCAAGAUGCAAGAGUUCCUGGACUCGCACACGACCAAGAACUACGACAAGCCGUGGAGCACCUCGAGGGACUCCAAGACCCGAGUCACGUACUGGGCCUCCAAGCUGCCCGCCGAGAAGCUGCAGGGGGUCCAGGACGUGUGCGCGCCCGUCAUGAGGCGCUUCGGGUACCUGCCCGUCAAUUCCACGAAGGACAUCAGUCUCGAAAAGAUCUUAGAACCCUUGAACUUACCAUGAACUCGAGACUAGUGAUAAAGAAAGAUUUUUUUUUUUUGAAAAUCAAAAUAUACUUCCAAACAUUUCCAGAAAUACCGUUUCCUGAAGUCGCCAUCGCGUAGGACGGCACCUCCCUCACUCAUAUCCAUUUGCCAUUCGCCCUUCGCAUCGCCAUCAAUCAUCGACGUCGGGAAUCUCACCCAUCACCCGUCAGGCCCGACUCGCUACAGCCAGAGGGACCAAAGGAUUCAGUGCCUUCGUGACCAGUGCCUUUCCGAGCGUCGUCUGCCUCGGACUCCGUGUGCCGCUGCGGGAGUGCCGCGGUUCGCCUUCGUGUGUUUGUGUAAUUGCAGGGGAAUGUCUCAUUUUGUGGAAGGAUGGAUAGCUAGUUCUGUCUGUCUGUCUCUCUCUCUCUUUCUCUCUGUCUGUCUGUCUGCUCUUU